AGCGAUGGAGUCUCUGAGCGCUAUGGCGGUGGCAGUGGAUCCCAGUUGGGAGGACGAAGAUGAGGAGGAGGAAGAAGAGGAGAUAGAGGAGGAGCAGUUUGUUCUGGUGGAAUUGUCAGGAAUUAUUGAUACAGACUUUCUCUCCAAAUGUGAAAAUAAAUGCAAGAUUUUGGGAAUUGACAUCGAGAGGCCCAUCCUGCAAGUGGACAGCUACGUUUUUGCUGGGGAAUAUGAAGAUACUCUUGGGACCUGUGUUAUAUUUGAAGAAGGUGUUGAACGGGUGGAUCCAGAAGAGAAUGAUAAAACGGUGCUGAAGUACAAAUGCCACACCAUGAAGAAGCUCAGCAUGACGUGGACUCUCCUGACAGAAAAGAAGGAAGGAGAAGAAAACAUAGAUGGUGUCGAAUGGCUGCAGAUGAAGGACAAUGACUUCUCCUAUAGACCCAACAUGAUUUGCAGCUUUGUCCACGAAAAUGAAGAUGAAGCUGCAGGGCCAGCCUCGGAUAAGCCUGUGGAGGCGGAAGACCAGGAGAGUGAGAUGAAAGGUGAUGCAGAGCAGACACACGAGCAGGAGCAGGUGCAGGAAGUGGGGGACCCUGGUCCUACAGGGGAUACCCCUUCUGACAUGGAAAGUUCUGUUUUCAUGGGAACUCAAGAUGGAAAUGUCUCUCAAAACAGCCAGUCGUGAGGUCUAAAGAAGUGGUCCUUAUAUAGUGACGGCUGAGUUGCGUACGACUCACCAUUCUGUGUUGUUAUGACAGUACACGUGUCCAGUUACAGCACGAUUUAGUACGCUAGGGUCAUGCAGGACCACACAGGAAUUCAGUUUUUAUAAUGGCGUGGGAGCGGGGGGAGUGUGUGAGCGCCAUAGUUAAAAACACUGGCUGCUCUUCCAGAGGACCUAGAUUUGAUUUCCAGUGUAUAUGUAGCAGUUUGGAGCCAUCUGUGGCUUCGAUUCUAGGAGAUCUGAUGUCUGCUUCUGGCCUCUGUAGGCCUCAGGUUCGCUCCUACCUUUCGUGGGUUCUGGGAAUUAAACUCAGAUCUUCAGGCUUGGGCAGCAAAUGCUUGACCUGUCAGGCCCUCUCACAGUCCUCUCCACACACUCUUCCUAAAAAUAUAUACUUACAUGGGGCAAGUUGGUGGCGCACACCAUUGAUCCCACCAUGGGGAGGCAAGAAGCAGGCACAUCUCUGAGUUCAAGACCAGCCAGUCUGCAAAAUGAGUUUCAGGACAGCCAGGGCCAUGCAGAGAAACCCUGUCUACAAACAAACAAACAAACAAGAAACAACAUUUAUGUGUAUGUGUGGAUGCAUAUGUGUGUUCACCAUGAUCUGGUCCUGAGGAGAAGAGGAUUUUGGGUCUCUUAGAACUAGUGAUAGAGAUGACCACAAGCCCUGUGCUGCUGGGGUUGCAGUCCAGUCCUCUCCAAGAGCAGAGUCCUCCCACCUGCUUCUGGCCUCUGAGCUAUCUUCCCAGCCUAGAGGCAGUUAAAUUUCAUGGUGUACUCUCAUUUUUUAUUUUUAUAAAAAUUGUUAACAAUAAAUCUUGCAAAAUUAAAAAAA